AUGGCCCAUCUUCUCAACCGGUAUGAAAAAUUGCACUAUUCCCAGGUUCGUACGUGGCGUCCGGAAGGCGCGCACUUAUAUGAGGCGCAGCCCACGUGGAUUUAUGACGAGCCCAGCGGUAAGUGGGUUGCCGAGCUGCGGCACCGCAUCGUCCCCGACUCGGGCAACUACGACGACCCGUACGCCGAACUCGGGACCCGGCGCGCCCGGCGGAUCAUCGAAAGUCCCUACGCCUACGGGGGCCGGGGCACGAGUCCGGGCCGCGUGGACACCGCGUACAUGCAUCACCUGUACAAACGGGAACCCUACCAGAAGCACCACACCAUGAUUGCGGACGACAAGGAACACAACAACUACUACUCCUACCACGACGAUGCGGACGACGACAUUCACUGGCGCACGGAUUUGGAUUUCCGCGAGGCGCUGUCCGGCCGCGCGGGCGACGAUCCGCUGGCGAUGGUGCCCGGGCUGCAGCUCGGUGGUUUGUCCGGUUUCAACUUUAACGCGAUGGACAGGACAACUUCCGUCGGUAGCACGCCGAACGACGGAAGGCGGGCCACCAGUGCAGUCGACAAAGAGUCCUUGUUGAAACAGUACAUGAAGACAUAUUACGACGACGACCGGGUCAGCGAAUCCCCUUCCACAAUGACCGAAGCGCGGCGGCAACAGCGGAAGGCCCGGCGGCAGGCUCGGAAGGAAAGGAUCGCGCAGGACGGGGGCAGGAGCCGGUCUUACGGACGUAUGGACCCGAACUUGCGGUCUGUCGACUACAGCCAGAGAAAGUCAGCGUACAAGUACAACACCGAAACGCAGAAGCUGAAAAGAAUGCACCAGCACGACAGCAGGCGACACCAGCAUGGGAUGUUGAGCUUCGCGCCAGCAUAAGAUUAUGUUGGGAACCGGGACAAGAAGCAGGUAGUGUAGAGGGUAAGUGUGGUCCGCCGCAGAGCUCAUGUGUGUGACAAAUGAUGCCCAGCAGAGACUGAAGAAAUCAAACGUGACGCAUCGCGCUGGUAAAACUCAAGCUUUUACGAAGAAGUUUGUUUUCGCAGAAUUCAUCUUCAUUUCCUUUUUGCUGGAAGGAAAAGGAUCGAGCAUGG